AUGACAAAAACAACCUUAACGAAUAUACGAAGACAUGAAAUUUGCUUGAAAAAGCAGGAUAAUCCAAACAUCACCCAAAAGGAUCUUGUUGAAUGGUGUAAGCAGAUGUUAAGAGUGGAAGUCGAUCAAGUAACAAUAUCUCGAUUGCUAAAACGAUCAAAUCUUGAGGAAGCGCUACUGGAAUGGUGUUUGCGAGCUCAAGAACGAAUAUUACUAACAGAUAAAUUGUUGAGAGAUUUACAAUUAUUAUGCUAUCAGCAUCCUAUGAAAGUUAAUGAUUUUUUAAAUCCAGAAAAUGAAAAUGUCAUUGAUGAACAGUUUACAGAUAAAGAAAUUGUUAAGCUUUUUUGCAAAGAGAGAGAAGUUGAAAUAGAGGAUGAAGAUAGAGAAGGUAAUUAUUCAAAAGAAGUUGACAAUAUAAUGAAGGUUGGUCAUGUGUUAGAAAGAUUGAAG